AUUCAAAUAUCAGAAAUGUAGAAGAGUCACGGAGGCAGAGAUGGAGAAGAAAGACCAAAGUGUGAGAUCUCAGGUUGCAAUAAGGUGUGCCAAAGCCGCGAUUCUGCUUUAUGCGUUGGCCAAUCGCCAUUCGAAAGCUACAAUCAACAACGAAGACGAGGAAAAGGAGAUGCUGAAGAGAGAAAUAGAAGAUCUGAAGGUGGAAAUGGCCAGGGAGCGAAUGAAGACUAAGAAAAUCAAUCUUUGCAGCUUAGUUGAGGUGGCUCUUCAGGUAUCGGUUGUGUUGUUUGUCUCUAGUUUCUUUUUAAUGCUAGCAUUCAAGCCGAACUGAACAAAUUGUGAAGGUUAGAAUGAGCUAUUUACAUCAAUCUCAUCCAACUCCGUAGCUCAUUCUAGUACUAGAGAAUUGUAUUUGGUAGUGUUUCUUUUCUGAACACCAUUAAAUGCUUUCUCUUUCAAAUUUCAGUAAGAAUGAUAAAUGGUUCUUUUC